CAUAACCACAAGACGGUCACAUUUCAAUUGAAAAAUGCAUAGGAAAUUAAACCAAUCGCAUCGUCAUCCGCAUAUCCUAUAUAUAUAUAUAUAUAGUAGUUGUAUGUAAAGUCUUCUCUUGCAGGCACACCGAAGCUUUCCCGAAUCGAAGAAGAAGACGAAGAAGUAGGCUGGCAUGGGAGGAGAAGGGCAGAUAACCCAGCAAGCUGCUGGGAACAAUAAUGUAAUGAAGAUGGUGAAGUCCCCUUCUUCAAAGGCUUUGGUUGUUAGGAUCAAUUUGGUGUUCCUUGCUUGCUUCCUCGUAGUCUACGCGACCCUCAUCCUCCGCCCUUCCUCGUCCGUCUCGUAUCACGAGAACUCUGCCGCCCUCGUCCGCUGCUCCCUGCGCGAGUGCCAUCACAAGGUAAGGUUGAUGGGGUGAAGAUGAAGGCAGUCUUGGAGGACAAGCACGUGGACCGCCUUUCUCGGCCACAUGGAAACGGGACGAAGAUUGAGGCGCCGGACAUUUUGAAGGAAAUGCUGAUGGGUAGUAGAGGUACAACUGCUCUAGGGGGGAAGAAGAAGAAGAGGAUUGGGAUGAUCAACAUGGACGAGGAUGACGUCAGUGAGUGGGGCCUGUUUGGGGACACGGUCCAAGUCCAGUUCGAUCGAGUCUCGGAACUGUUUGAGUGGAAGGACCUGUUCCCGGAGUGGAUUGACGAGGAGGAGGAGAGCGAUGUGCCUCUCUGCCCGGAGAUCCCUAUGCCGGAAUUUAAGGACGGCGAGGGGGAGUUCGACUUGGUGGUGGUCAAGGUGCCCUGCAAGUACCCGGAGGAAGGGUGGAAUAGGGAUGUCGCGAGGCUCCAGAUGCACCUUGUGGCGGCGAAUGUGGCAGUGAGGAAGGCGGGGAAGAGGAGGAAGCCGAGGGUGGCUGUCCUAAGCCAGUGCCGGCCCAUGAUGGAGAUCUUCCGGUGCGAUGACUUGGUGAAGAGGAAAGGGGACUGGUGGGUGUACGAGCCCGACAUGGUUCGGCUUGGGCAGAAGGUAUCCCUGCCAGUCGGAUCGUGUAAGCUGGCGCUACCCCUCUGGGGACAAGGUAUCAAUGAAAUCUAUGAUCUCUCCAGAAUUCAUAGAAGCACCAAGACGGUGAGGAGAGAAGCCUACGCCACGGUUCUUCAUUCUUCAGAGGCCUACGUAUGUGGCGCGAUCACUCUAGCCCAGAGCCUAAUCAAGACCGGCACGAAGCGCGAUCUGGUCCUCCUCAUAGACAAGUCCAUCUCCGAAGCUAAGCGGGAGGCCCUAGCCCUUGCUGGGUGGAAGAUCCGUAUGAUCAAGCGGAUUAGGAACCCGAAGUCAGAAAAGAACACCUAUAAUGAGUACAACUACAGCAAGUUUAGGUUGUGGCAGCUCACUGACUAUGACAAGGUCAUCUUCAUUGAUGCGGACAUCAUUGUGCUCCGGAACCUCGACCUCCUCUUCUACUUUCCACAGAUGUCAGCAAUCGGUAACGACAACUGGAUCUUCAACUCCGGGAUCAUGGUCAUUGAGCCGUCCAACUGCACCUUCAAGACCCUGAUGGACCUCCGAAAUGACAUCAUCUCAUAUAAUGGCGGUGACCAGGGAUUCCUCAACGAGGUCUUCGUCUGGUGGCACCGGCUGCCCCGGCGGGUCAACUUCCUCAAGAACUUCUGGUCCAACACGACUGCAGAGGCCAGCAUGAAGAACCAGCUCUUCGGGGCGGACCCGCCCAAGCUUUACUCUAUACAUUUCUUGGGGUGGAAGCCCUGGCUUUGUUACCGGGACUACGACUGCAACUGGGACGUGCCAGACCAGCGUGUGUACGCGAGCGACGUCGCACACCAUCGGUGGUGGAAGUUCCACGAUGGGAUGGACCAGAGGUUGCACAAAUUCUGUGCGCUGACUAAGAGGAGGAGGACGGAUCUUAACUGGGAGAGGAGGAGGUCUAGGCUAAUGAAGUCGUCCGACCAUCACUGGAAGAUCAAUAUCACCGAUCCUAGACGGCUUGGUUCGAAUUUGGUAUAGAAUAUCCUCGCAAUUUUUUUUUGCGUUUAAAUUCUUUUUUCGAGUUUCAAUUUUAACUAUUUUGGGUUUACCAUUUUCUUUAAUACUAGAGUAUAUGAGGGUUUACUACGUAUAAAUUAUGUGUUCAUAGAUGAAGUAGCUCAGUACAUCAUAUAUAAUAAACCCAAUUAGCUAUUCCCGCACUUCUCAUUUAGCCCGAUUCUUUAAGAUUGGAACCCUAUCCCGGA